AAAGACCGGGACAAUUAUCCAUGAUGCCAUAGAAUCCCGAGUAAGAAUGAUUAUACCAUACAUUGAUAAAUGGCCACAGGCUAUGUCCAUACAGACACUGCCACAGAAUGCUGUACAGUCGUGGACAAACUUAAGUCGGGUGGUGGACGAUAUAUGGUACUACGCCGGUGAUAAAUCUAAUGAUUUUAAUAGGUACAGUAAGAGACUCUCGUUAGCUGCUGUUUACAAGAGCACUGAAAUCUACAUGAUUCAGGACCAGUCCGAGGAUUACGCGGACACAUGGCUAUUCCUGGAAAACAGACUGGAGGAUGUGGUCAAAGCUGGACAUCUGGCCAGAAAUAUUCAGGAGACCGGCUCUGUGAUAUCGGAGGGUGCUUUAGGGAUGUGUCUACUGACAAGAAAUAUUCUUGGAAUGAACAACAGAUGACAGCGUUUAAAGAGAUGCUAGAAUACAUGCAGAUUGUUUUUCUUUUGACACUGUGUGAAAACUUAAUGCUUUUCUUCACCAUAUGAUGUACUAUGUAUUAAGAUAUAUUUGAUCUGUUUAUUGAUUUGUUUUGAUAUAUGUACAAAUAAAUUGUGUACCUGAAAA